GUGAAUUAGAGAGCACACACGCUCUUGAAGGUAGCACAACACUCAAGGUUGUUCAGGGCUUCCCGGUGACGUCAUCACGCAGAGACGUCCAUAACGGACUUGCAGCUGUUCUGACAAACAAUAACAACAUCAGCGAUCGCGCUCUCGGGCGAAAUAAAGUACGAAUUACUGCAGUCACUUCUACUUUGACGUCUUGACAGCGAGAGAAAAAGUCCCUGCGGGCGUCCCGGCACCGACGUUCCCAGUGAAGUAACUCUGGCCUCCGCUUGCUCUUCCAGCGACUCGGAACCGGGCGGAGCUUCGCCACCGCGGAAGAAAGCCCGAGUGUCGGCGGCGGAGGUCGCAGGAGAGACCGAGGCUUCUGCCGGGAGCGCGGGCCUCUCUGCGGCUGUUUUGGGCUUUGCUGCUCUCCCGAGCACCUGCGCUAUUCCUGCUCUCUGCCUCAACCUGCACAAGGGCACUGACACCAGCGUUUAUAACAUGCAGGCCAACGGGGCAGGACAGGGACAAAAUUCCGAGCUGUCCUGCCUAAAUAGCGCUCAGAACGGCGAAGCGUCAGCUGCUGGAGGGACGCAUUCAAACGGUCUGCUGUCCUCCACAAACAACGGCACUGUUGUCACCGCAAACAACGGAGUCCCGACACCGGGCAACGCUGCCACCUCCACCGCCACGACCUUGGGCUCGGAGACAGGCUCAAUGAAAAAGAAGAAACGACUGUCUCAGUCUGAUGAGGAUGUGAUUCGUUUAAUAGGACAACAUCUCCACGGGUUAGGGCUGAAUCAGACAGUGGACUUGCUCAUGCAGGAAUCAGGCUGUAGACUUGAGCAUCCAGCUGCUACUAAGUUUCGCAACCAUGUAAUGGAGGGAGAGUGGGACAAGGCUGAAAGUGAUCUCAAUGAGCUGAAAGCUUUGAUGCAUUCACCAAAUGCUAUUGUGCGGAUGAAGUUCCUGCUCUUACAGCAGAAGUAUUUGGAGUAUUUAGAGGAUGGGAAAGUGUUGGAGGCGCUGCAUGUCCUCAGAGCAGAAUUGACGCCUCUGAAGUACAACACGGAGCGCAUCCAUAUUCUUAGCGGUUACCUGAUGUGCAGCCAUUCUGAUGAUCUCCGAGCCAAGGCUGAGUGGGAGGGAAAAGGAACAUCAUCUCGCUCCAAGCUGCUUGACAAACUCCAGAUGCAUUCAUAUCUGCCCCCUUCAGUGAUGCUGCCUCCUCGCAGGCUACAGACUCUGUUACGUCAGGCUGUGGAGUUGCAGAGAGAUCGCUGCCUUUAUCACAACACCAAACUGGACAGCAACCUGGACUCGGUGUCUCUGCUGGUGGACCAUGUGUGCAGCAGGAAACAAUUUCCCUGCUACACUCAGCAGAUCCUGACAGAGCACUGCAAUGAGGUCUGGUUCUGUAAAUUCUCAAACGAUGGCACCAAACUGGCCUCAGGUUCCAAAGACACGACAGUUAUUAUUUGGCAGGUUGACCCGGAGACGCACCUACUUAAGCAACUGAGGACUCUGGAAGGCCAUGCCUAUGGAGUGUCUUACCUGGCCUGGAGCCCAGAUGAUGCGUACCUGAUAGCUUGUGGCCCAGAUGACUGCUCAGAGCUGUGGCUUUGGAACGUUCAGACUGGUGAAUUGAGGACAAAAAUGAGUCAGUCCCAUGAAGACAGCCUGACAAGUGUAGCCUGGAACCCAGAUGGAAAACGUUUUGUAACUGGGGGUCAGAGAGGGCAGUUUUAUCAGUGUGAUCUGGAUGGAAAUCUACUGGAUUCAUGGGAAGGAGUUCGCGUUCAGUGCCUGUGGUGCUUGAAUGACGGCAAAACUGUGUUGGCUUCAGACACGCAUCAGCGUAUCCGGGGAUACAACUUUGAAGAUCUGACUGACAGAAACAUUGUGCAGGAGGAUCACCCUAUUAUGUCUUUCACCGUGUCAAAGAAUGGCAGAUUAGCUCUAUUAAAUGUUGCAACUCAGGGAGUUCAUCUGUGGGACCUACAUGAUCGGGUACUGGUGAGAAAAUACCAAGGUGUGACACAAGGCUUCUACACGAUCCACUCCUGCUUCGGCGGCCAUAACGAGGAUUUCAUUGCCAGUGGGAGUGAAGACCACAAAUUGUACAUCUGGCACAAGCGCAGUGAGCUGCCAAUCGCAGAGCUGACGGGCCACACACGCACCGUGAACUGUGUGAGCUGGAACCCAGUUCUGCCAGGAAUCAUGGCCAGUGCGUCUGAUGAUGGCACUGUCCGUGUCUGGGGUCCUGCUCCCUUCACUGAAUCCCAGGAGGCAGAGAGGCAAGGUGAAUGCUGUAGCAUGGACAGUUGAUAUUGAGCCUGGAGCAAGAGGAAAAUCUGAGUAAACACUGCAAGAUAUUAUGGACGAAUGAAGUUAAAAAAAAAAUUAAAAAUGCACACUGAUGAUGUUUUUCUGGAGGUUUACCCCAUAGCAACGGAGAGGCUGAGCUUACGCAGUAAAGUCGGACCACUUGAAUGAAACUCACCUAGCUGCUGGCCUUUAGCCCUCAGACCUGCGUGGCUUCGCUCAUGAGGCUAAUUGACCUCAGUCUGAUCCCUGAGGAACUGCAGCCUCAUGAAACACACCAAAUUAUUAUUUAUUAAUCUUAUUAUUUAUUGCUGUGUAUUAUUUGAGGCAUCAGGAUUGAGUUGUAGUCAAAUGUUCUGUUCAAUACAACAUUCACUCCGCGAAUAUAAUUUCUUUUUUAUUAUUAUUAUUAUUAUUAUUAUUAUUAUGAUUAUUUUAAUCAGUUUAGUACAUAUGAUUUCCCUCGAGACCCAUUAGGGCAGUAUGGGUUUGGAGAAUUAGGAGGCGUUCACUAAACAUAGUGUAUUAUUUCUUUACCCGUAAAUAGACAUUGUGUUUUUCAGGCACCCGUGCAGUUUGUGUGCCUGAGAGACGUUUUUUUCACCAGCAGAAUGUAAUAAUCGUCCAUGUUUAGACAAUAAUUUUAAUUGACUGAAUUUGCAGGCAUUUUAACAGUGAGAUUUCAGACCCAUUUGAAUUUCCGAGAAAAAUCUUAAAAACUGACUUUUUUCCACAAAGUUUAUGGUACUUUGUUUUCUGUCGUGUAUAUAGGAUGGAUAAGUGUGAGAGAGGUGAUGUGGCUAGAGGGUCUAUGGUGAAUACGAUUUCCUCUCACAGCAUUGCUUGCUAUGGGCCAAGGUAAGACAGGAAAUGCAAUGUCCCAUAAACUGACCUUACUUGAAUCUUUAAAUCUGUCAGAAAGGGACUGACUCAUCAAUAAGAUUUAGGAUUAGGCCCCCUUGGCCAUUCUCUUGUCUCCGCAUGCUCCUUGUUCCUUGCUGUCCUCGUUGCGGACACCAUAUAAGACUUGGACCUUAUUCACAAGGUUAUGAGCACAUGUAAAUAUUGACCAUCAUUAGUGCAAGAAGGAAUGCUUUCCCUUUGUAAAUGGCUACUAGCUGUUGGUCAUAUUUGGAUUGUGUUAUUGUAAGUUCACCGUCAAGCUUUUCAGUGAAUUCAUCGGGCGUUGAUAUUAAAUCGGGUGUCGUGUACGAUGGGGCUGGGUUAAGUAUGCUUUUUGUAUAUGCUAAAUUGCUCAGUGGUGUUGAUACUGGUUGAGAGGAAUGCAGUUCAAGGGUAAUGUAAGCAAGCAAGGUCCUAAUCAAACCUUCAGAACAUCUUUCCUUAAUGUUUUGGCUUACUGCAAUAUUCAUCCUUAUGUCAGUCAGCUGGCCUAUUUCAAUUAUUUUUACGUUGAUUUAAUUUCUUUCUCAUUUUUUUAAACAUUGUUUAGAUAUACAGUUGAAUAAUCUUCAGUUAUUUUGAUUAUUUUUCUCUUUUUAUUUGGCUUUAUUCAUUGUUUGUCUGUUAUAUUUACCCUUUGUUUUACUUAUUAUUUCCUCAACUAUAAUAGAAAAUAUAUCUUCAGAAGUGGCCUACCUUUCUUUUUUUCUCUAUGUGAUGUUCUACUAUACAGAGUGUUACAGCCUGGUCAUCAAGCAUAAGGAACUUUGCCUAUUAUAUGAUUUGCUUGUAGUAUGUGCUUUGUGUGUGUAUUUUACGGCAUGUAUUAUGACUGGUCAAGAAUAUCAUUUAGACCGAACAUAUCUUUCCCUCCAAAUGACUCAUGUUUCCACCUGCAUCAGUUCAGCUCCUCUGUACAGGUUAUCUCCCCCCCCUCACCAGCCAAACCAAUCCUGUCACUGAGGAGUGACACGAACACCCCUUAGGUCUAAUGUUAAAGCACUGUAUCAUCAACAUUAUGUUUAAUAUUCUGCAUAUGCAAAUGACCUUUUUUUUUCUUUUUGGUGACAUUGUAUUUCAUUUUCAGAGGAUUUGUUUUUGCUUUCCUGUGCUGUAAAAGCAUGGCUGUGAGCCAGCACGUUAACCACAAGGCCCAGGGUGCAAUGGCCGGGCAAACAGUUUGCUUUGCAACAGGUUCUGAAGGAUCUGUUUUGCAUUUAACUGUGUUUGUUAUAAGUGAUUGUACCGUUAUGUAAUGUGUAGGAGAAGUCUUACAUAUGCAUAUUUUCAAUAAAGCAUUCAGGGUUUUAAAAAAAACUCAA